UCAUAAUGAAUUUGACAAAAAUCAGUUGUUAAUAUAUAAACAUUUGUUUAUUUGUCAGUGGUAUUUGAUUUCUGGUAAUAAAAGAUAUUAAGUAAUUUAUAAGAAUAUGGAUCUUCUUGGUUCAAUAUUGAAUUCAAUGGAUAAGCCACCUACCAUGUCAGAUAAAGACAGGGAAAUUAAAAAAAAAAAAAAGGAAUUCUACGAAAAACAUCAAGCUGCCGAAAAAGAUAGGUUACAAAGGUUUAAAGAAAGAGUAGAAGAAAAGAUAUUAAAACAUUUCGAUGAUAAAAAUAACACAACUUUCAAGUUUGAUCCGAUGGAUGCAAUUCAAAGAAGUAUUGUGCAUGAAAUUGCAGAGAAUCAAAAUUUAUUAGCUUAUGCUUUUGGUGAAGAUGGUGUUGAUAGGUAUAUGAGAUUAUACCGCAAAGAUCACCCACCUUGUGAGGAUGAAUUAGCAGCCAGACGCCGGGGAGAACCGUGGAAUGAAGCUAUUAAAAAAAAAUUGAUUGAAAAGAGGCAACUAGAAGAACAUGAAAGUAUAGAAUCAAACCAAUCCAGAAGAAAGAAACAAAAAUUUAUUCCUAAUAGUAACUAUAAAGAUAAAUAUGCUCACAUCAUUGGUCAAGAGGCAGCUCUUGAUGCGGCAAAGAAUGUAGGAGCGAAUAAGUCCUAUGGAAUUGUGCCAAGUGAAAACAAAAAAGAUGUUAGGUCAAUAGAACAAGCUAUGGCAGAUAUAAGAGCGAAAAAGAAACAAAAAUUGGAAUGUAAUCAAGUAGCCGAUUGCUGAUGACUCGAAAAUGUCAUAAGGAUGUAGAGAUUUUUUCAAAAAUGUUGUAAUUUUUGACUGCAAGUUAUCUUGAACUAUUUUAUUGGAACACCAAUGUGGUCAACUCAUAUGAGUUACAGAAUAAAAAAAAAACAAUUUUAAGCCUAGUCUUGCAAUAAUUGAAUAAAAUGAAGUAUUGUUACCCUUCUUGCAAUCAAGUUAAUUAUUGAUUAUAUACAACUGCGAAUAAAUAAUUUAUUUCCA